AUGACCGAAGAAUUGGACGCACUCGAGGCGAACGACGUCUGGAAGAUCGUAGUGCCACCAAGAAAUGCACACGUGUUGCACAACAAGUGGGUCUACAAAACCAAGACCGACGCGAACGGAGAUAUCGAGCGAUACAAGGCUCGACUAGUGGUUUGCGGAAACGAACAAGUCUUCGGCAUCGACUACAACCUCACGUUUGCGGCCGUCAUGGACUUAGUGACCGUCAAGCUAAUCCUAGUGCUCUCGAAGCGAUGGAACGUUCCCGCACGUUAUGGGAAUGUUCCGAACGCCUACGUUAAGGCAGAAAAGGAGGAGCAUCUGGAUAUCUUCAUGAAGGUUCCAAAAGGCAUGCAAAUCACUAAGGAGGAACUUCAAGGUUUCGGUGUGGAAUCUCCUGGUGAGGUCGCGCUGCUGUUGAAGAAAUCGUUGUACGGACUAAAGCAAGCAGGUAGACUCUGGAGCAAGCUAUUACACUCCAAGCUGACCGAGAAUGGCUACAAGCAGUGCACGACGGACAUGUGUCUAUACUACAAGCACCAAGGUCAAGAAUGGACCAUCGUCGGAGUAUACGUGGACGAUCUUCUGGUCACGGGAACCAAGCAGUGCGCGGUUGAUGAGUUCUUUGCGGGCAUGGAGACACUGUCGAUCAAGGAUCUCGGCGUCGUUCAGAAAUUUCUGGGACUCAGGAUCUCUUUGGAUGACACUCAAGGAUACAUUCUGGACCAAGAGGUCAUGACCGACGUGUUGCUCAGGGAUUUCAAGUUGGAGUCGGCGAACGGUGUGUGA